UGGAGCCAGCCUACCACACGAGGGAAAAGUAGCCGUCUAGAGCGAGCCAAGUCCGACGUUUGAGCUAUUGCGCCACCAUAUUCACUCGGAAAUCAGUAAAUUGUCAAGUGGCCGUUUGAGUAACUCGAGUUGUGUGAUGAACAAAGCUAUUCUUUUCUAAAAACAAAAAUGCUUCGUUCGAAACGAGACGUCGACAAACAUGUACAGGAUCUACUAAAGAAAGUGAACAACGAAAAUGAGAGGAAACUCCUUGGUUUCAAUUUUGCCAAAUCCUAUCAUCAAAUAGGAGAACACAAGCUGGCAAAGCAGCAUUUAGCUGCAUAUCUUGCAGUUAAAGAGUGUUCGGCUCCAGGCCAUCGGUUGGCUGGUCAAAUUGCUGAAGUUUUAGGAGAUAAAGAAGCAGCUGUCAGAUCAUACAGAAGAUCUUAUGACCUUGAUAGCAGUCAACGAGAUUUGGUUUUCAAAAUCUGUAGUUUAAUUUGUGAACUACCUGCAAGCCCAGCAAAUAGAGAUCUUCAACGAUGCUGGUUGGAGAGAGCUGAAGCUCUGCAGCCACAGCAUAGUGUUGUCUUUGAACUAAGACAGAGAUUAAUGCUCUCAUCUGAUUCACAGACAAAAGGUGUAGUGGAAGAUCAACUAAAAAAUGAAAUGUUGAGUAAGCCAGCUGACAUGAAGCUUCGCAUCCAUCUUCUCAAAUUGUAUCUCGAUUCCAAUCGAGUGAAGGAAGCUUAUGAACAUAUGCUCAAGAUUGAAUCCCUUCAAGUGUUUAGUCAAGAGCUUGACUGGUACAAUUGUGCCCUCAAUGUCCUUGAAGCCUACAAGAAGCUGUUAGAUCACAAAGUAGGCCCUGAUUUUUACCUCUACUAUCUAAACGUUAUGGACCGAUUAUCCUUUCUCAAAAUUUCUCGUGUUGGGAAAGGCCAUAAAUCCGCACUGUCCAUAGCCGAGGUUCUCCCUACUUUGCAGUCAUUGGACGUCACUCUUCAAUUAGCAAAAGAAAACGGUGUUCAGCGAGAUGUUCUGAUACACUUUACAUGUCAGCUGUACUUUCAAGUUGGUUUGAUUGUUUUGCUGAAAGCCCUAGCAGGCCUUGAAGAUGAACAUUUAACUCUUAGCUACGCUGCCACUCUCUUUACCAUCGCCUACAACCAGGGCUCAACCGGAAUUUCCAAUCAAUUUGGGGAUAAAAAAAUCGUCGAAUCAACCGUCAUGUCUGCCAGAUACCGCCAGAGUCAAUGUGGCCAUUGCAUCGUCGCUUGGGAAAGCAGAGAAGGUCGCAAAUGGGUGGUUGACACGGUCAAAAAAUGGGACAAUCCCGACGGACGACGAAGGAUGUUUGAAACUGUUUUUAACGGUGCAUCGUCUCGCCCUUAUUUCGGAGAAAAAUUCCAGUUUCCAAAAGAAAAUCUUGAAUUGCCAUCCUUCGUGGAUUUGCUAGAACUGGAUAAAACAGCGAUCCUGCUCAGCUCAAGCGACUUGCAUCCAGUAGUUUGGUUGGGUUUGCGGUACUUUACCAUGCACCGUCGACUGGAUGAAACUGACUUUGCAUCGGAUCUGAGUCAAAUUUUGUCAUCUUCACGGUUUAUGCGUGACAUCCCUUUCGCUGCAGCAUCGUGGAACUCCUGUGCACCUGAAACGCUUUCUGCGCUAGAUAUGGAGGCCUUCGUGUACGCCUCGAUUUACAGUACCGUCUCGUUGGAGGAAAACGAUUCGAAGGUGUUUGGAACUGUGCCCGCUGCAUUGACCAAAUUUCUGUGCACAGAUCAGCAAUCGGCUUGGUGGCAAUCUGCCAUCAAACUUAUCUCGGGAACAGCUAAAGAAAAUCUCAGUGAGCUGCGCCGUACACUUCAACGAGGUUUGGAGGUCAUUCGUCUGUCUGGCAACCAUCAUGGGAUCCCGCUAGAACUAGUGGCAAAGCUAGCACGAACCUUUAUGGGAAGGGCUGGAAAAAGUCGCGCAUUCCCUGCUAUCGAUGUACCUGCACCUAUUUCCACCGAUGUUCUUUCUGUCGAACAAACUGAAGCACUUGAAAGUCAAGCCACUCGUUAUUGGAAGAUCUUUCUCGAAAUGGCCAAUACUGGAAAUCGAUACACUCCGCCCUUGACGGGCCGUCUUUUCGAAUAUCGCACAACAGACGCAGAUAUUGACGGGUUGAUAACAGAAGCCAAACUUUUCACUGGAUAUCAGUUAUGGCGCGGUGGCCGACGCGAAGAAGCACAACGUCUUCUUCAAUCAAUUUCCGAUCCCUACGCUUCCUAUUAUCAAGGUCUUCUUUUCAGAGAAAUGGCGGAAGAAGAACUUCGAAAGGGAAUCACUGUGUACGAGUCAAGAUCUGCCGCCAACGUACUACUAAACAAAUCCAGAGACGCAUUUUACAUCACAUUAGACCGACUUCGCAGUCCCGGUAUGGAGCGUUUCCACCCAUUAGACCAAAAAUUGGCCGAAGUCAUUGAAAAGGUCGAGACCAAAUUGGGUAGCCUUACCAAUUUGUCCGUCGCUAAUGGCCAUAGCACUGAGGAAGAUGAAGAAUCGGAAGAGAGGGAAUUUGUGACGCCUCAACAAGUUACUAGCACUCCGCAUCGUAGAAGCGUUAUGAACAUGACUUCAAUGCGUAAUGGAACGAGUCUUGGCAACCGGCUUGAAACUAGCGCACGGGGUGAGGCAAGACCCAGUCCAGAACGGUUAGAUGCCCAGCUUAGGCAAAUGGUUCAUCGACAGGAGGAAUUCAACCAAGCCAUCUCCAACGAACUAAAGCAAAUAAGAGCGGAAGUUGUUGAUAUCAAAACAUUGAUACAAAAACUGGAAUCGCACCUCGAGUUGCAGGCUAAACAAGAAGUAAAGGACGUUAGAAAAAAAUCAGCAGAAAAAGUUUCCGAUACCUACGAUGAAAGAGCGUACGAAGAUGGUGAUGUCGAAGAUUGGGAAGAGCAUGAAGAGGAGGAGGAAACUGACCUGGAUAAUUUGGUCAAAUUACAAGGCAAGUUGAAAACCAGUGGGCCCUCUGCCCCCCAGAUGAAUAUGCCUUUGUAUGCUCCUCCAUUUGCCCCUGCAACAAGACCGUCUUAUGGAUAUCCGCCUGCCUAUGGAGCCCCAUUUCAUCCUUCUGCUUAUCAGCAAUAUCCUAGUUUUCCGUAUGGAGGAGUUCCUGGCGCUACAGGUCAUUUCCCCGUUACUCCAACUUACGGAUAUCCCCCAGGAUUUCCGCACUGGGGAAUGGAACAAGUUACAACCCCAUCACCGGGUUCUUCUGCUUAUAUGCCCCCUGGUGGCAGUCUCCCAGCUCCUCUUCCACAACAACUUCCUGCACAGCCACCGGCAUCCUCUGUGUUCUCUAGAUUAGGGACAAAGGACACUUCUUUGCUUGCAGCGACUUUGCAGCAGCCUUCUGUAAUGCCAAGCGUACCGACUCCCAUCAACGAUGUACAAUCGGCCUCCGAUGCCCUCCGUAAAGCGGCAGCUGGUUAUUCAGCAUCUUCCACUGCCCCAGCUCCUCAUGCUUACCAAAUUAAUCUUCCUGCUCAGACAACACCAGAGAAAGUUGUUGAUACAACAUUAGCUCCUGCCAUUCAGCUUUCAACUAGUAGCUUGCUUAAAAAUAUCCCAGUCCCUGAAUUUUCAUCUGUAACUACUCCAGAUAAGUCACUGAAAGCAACUCGUGACCGCAAAGCUUCUUCUUGUUCUGAUGCCAGCUAUGCUCCAGAAGAGGAAAUAGACAAUUAUCCAGACUUUAAACCUAUUAUUCCGUUACCGGAAGAAGUUGAAGUGAAGACUGGCGAGGAAGGAGAAGAUGUUCUGUUUGAUCAACGAGCAAAACUAUUCCGUUUUGCCGAUAGCCAGUGGAAAGAGCGUGGAAUUGGCCAACUAAAACUUUUGCAAGAUCCUACAACAAAGAAAGUUCGGCUUCUAAUGCGCCGUGAUCAGGUAUUCAAGAUCUGCGCCAAUCACUAUGUAACGGCCGAUAUCAAGCUAUCCGAAAUGAAUACUUCGGCCAAUUCAUGGAUCUGGGCAGCAAUGGAUUUUGCUGAUGGUGAAGCAAAACUGGAGAAAUUUGCCGCUAAAUUCAAGACUGCUGAAAUUUCGACUGAAUUUAAACAAGCAUUUGAGAAAGCGAAAGCGGCCGAUGUGGUCAAGAUUAAGCCAGAUGCCGAGGUUACAACAAGUAAGAAAGAGAGCGAGGCUCCUGUCAAAGGAUUUGGCGAUAAAUUUGCUCCUAAAAGUGGAUCAUGGGCUUGCUCGAUUUGCUAUGUCAAUAACUCACCGGAUUUGAUCAAAUGUGCCGCGUGCGAGACACCGAAACCAGGAACACAAGCUCCAGCCCCGGCUGCUACGCCGUUCUCCCAAAUGAAAUUCGGCAUGCCGUCUGCAACAUCUGUCGCCACGACCCCAACAACCGGGUUCACAAUGACCUCCGCUGUAACAACGGCCCCCACUAGCACAGGAUUUUCAUUUGCUUCUACGCCUUCAACUGGAGCAACUCCUUUUAGUGGCAUGAAGUUCGGAGUUCCAACGUCUUCAACUGCAACGAGUUCAACGGCACCUGCUUUUACCUUUUCAACUUUAACCGCUUCCACUGCCGUUUCCACACCGGCAAGUUCGUCUACCACUACAUCGUCAACAACCAUAACACCUAUUGCUUUUGGAACAACUACAACGCCAAGCUCAACAGUAACGACUACAUCCGGAUUAUCUUUUGGAGCGUCCAAACCUGCUUUCUCGUUCAGUCUUCCAUCCACCACUGAGCAGACUGUUUCUAAGGCUCCGUUUUCCUUCUCACCUCCGAAAUUGGCUGCAGCCACUACCACUCCUCAAGCUAAUGGACAGUCAGAUGUUACAACCAAGCCGACGCCAUCUACCACAGCUGGAGCGGCUACUACAUCUUCAAUUUUUCCUAGUUCAGUUUUUGGGACACCGAAAUCAACAGGUGAAACCAAAUCAGUUUUUGGUGGGUUCUCCUUUACCAGUCCCAUGGCCAACAUAGGAAAGGCAGAAAAACCAAAGGAGGAGAAAAAACCGGAAGUUAAACCGAGUCCUUUUGCUGGUUUUUCGUUCGGUAAUACUUUGACUCCUGUUGCCGCAGUCCCAGAAAAGACUCCUGCAGUUGAGAAGAAAUCGGAAGAAAAGGCUAGCCCAUUCUCUGGCUUCGCAUUUGGAGGAGGUGUUGGUGGAUCGCUUACGAAAGAAACAGGAGAAAAGAAGUCGGAGCCGGGAAUGUUGUUUUCUUUGUUGGCCCAGCAACAACCUUCGACAGGUUUUACCAUCGCUCCGAACAAGGAGUUCCCUGGAGCAGGAGCACCACUGUUCGGUUCAACAACUCCAAGCGACAAGAAAAAGAGUAACGAACAAGAAGAAGGAGAAGAUGCCGAAGGCGAAGAAUAUGAACCCAAUGUUGCAUUCGAGCCAGUAGUCCCAUUGCCUGCAUUGAUCGAAGUCUCGACUGGCGAAGAAGAAGAGAAUCUGUUGUUUAGUGAUCGAGCUUUCCUCUAUCGCUAUGUACCUGAAACGAAAGAAUGGAAGGAGAAAGGAAGAGGCGAUAUGAAGAUAUUGGAACAUAAAACCACGGGACGAAUCCGCUUGCUGAUGCGGCGGGAGCAAGUUCUUAAGAUAUGCUGCAAUCACUUUGUUACUCCUCAACUGUCAUUGAAGCAUUUACAAACAUCAGAUCGUACAUGGACAUGGUCUGCACAAGACUUUUCAGAAGGAGAAUUAGUUCAGGAAACGUUUGCGCUCAAGUUCAAAACGAAGGACCAAGCUGACAAAUUCAAGAGUGUUUUUGAUGAGGCCCAAAAAAAAUCAGCGAAUUUAAGUUCUGACAAGCCUGAAGAAUUGAAAGAAACAAAGAGUCAGGAGUCUUCCUCGAAAUCGUUUGGAGAGAAGUUCAAACCCAAAGAAGGAUCAUGGGAAUGCCAGGGAUGUUUCUUACGCAAUGAUCCUAGCGUAGUCAAAUGUCCAUCAUGUGAAACCAUUAAACCGGGAGAACCAACGAAAACCGAACAACCUUCCAACAAGCCUCAGCAACCUUCUGCCAGUGUUCAACAGCCGCCAGCCACAUCUUUUGGUGACAAGUUCAAGCCCAAGGAAGGCUCUUGGGAGUGUCAAGGGUGUUUUUCCCGCAACGAUGCGGCUGUUAUGAAAUGCCCUUGUUGUGAAACAAUGAAACCUGGUGCCCCAGCUCCUGCUGCUACGCCUAGCUUAACAGCGCCAACCUCCCAAGGAACUCCGUUCAAGUUUGGCUCGGAUGGGGGAUUUAAGUUUGGAACACUUGCUUCUAGUAGUGUACCAUCGUUCGGCGCAAGUGCACCUGCCCCAGCAAGCACAGGAGUUUCAUUCGGCAAUGGAUUUAAUUUCUCUAUGCGUACACCUACCGUGACAAGUCCACCUCGACCAAUGGCUUCAUCUGCACGGUCACCAAACGUAUCCGUCAGUAGUGACAACGAGUACUAUGAAGAAGGUGAAAAUGACAAUAUUCACUUUGAACCGAUCAUUCCAUUGCCAGAAAAAAUACAAGUCAAAACAGGAGAAGAAGACGAGGAAGUCGUUUAUUGCCAUCGUGCUAAACUCUACCGCCUUGUUGAUGGCGAGUGGAAGGAACGAGGUCUUGGUGAUGUUAAAGUUCUGAAACAAAAGACCACAGGCAAAGCCAGGCUUUUAAUGCGACGAGAACAAAUUCUAAAGAUAUGCUUGAAUCACGCCAUUACGCCUGAUCUAAUUUUCAAACCCAAAGAUGAGAAAUCAUGGCUUUGGGCAGUUCAAGACUUCACUGAAGGCGAUGGUAAAACGGAAACCUUCGUGAUUAGAUUCCGGGACGCGGAAACGAGUAAAGCAUUUAUGGAUGCCGUUAAGGAAAAUAUGAUUCCUACUGUUACUGGAACGAACAAUGUUAUCUCAGCUGGAAAUGCUGACGACGUUCAACUUGUGUACGCUAAAGAGGCCACGGCGGAGCAGAAACGGAAAGCUAUGGAACUCAAGCUUCCGCUCAACUUCUUCCUCUAUGAAGACGCUCCACCUUGUCCAGGUUGUCGAGGCUGCGAACGUGAAGACGAUGCGGUAGUCACGAAGCCUGAUGUCGUUCCUAAAGUCAAUGCUGUCAGUAAAGCUGAAACUCCCACUCCCUCCAAUGUCAUCUCGUUUAGCAAAAUGGUUGAUGCUUCGGCUUCUCAGCUGUCCUUCUCGUCUCUAGUCUCUUCAGCUGGUAGUGGCUUUAACAAACCGGCAGCGUUUUCAUGGUCAGGAACUGGUCAACCUAUAUUUGGGGCGGGCAGUCCAGCAACGCAGCAAAAUACAAAAACCCAUGAAGGCGAGGAAGAUAAUGAUGAAGUUCCGGAAAGCAACGAUCCUCAUUUUGAGCCCAUUAUUCCUUUGCCAGCUUUGGUUGAAGUAAAAACGGGUGAGGAGGACGAGGAGGUCAUUUUCUCCCAUCGUGCUAAGUUGUACCGAUAUGUGUCAGAAACAAAAGAAUGGAAAGAAAAAGGAGUUGGAGAUAUGAAAAUUCUUUACAACAAGGACAAAAAUACCUACCGUGUCCUGCUGAGAAGGGAUCAAAUUCACAAACUUGCCUGUAAUCACUGGCUUACCGAUGAAAUGACUUUGAAGCCAAUGUCUACUUCUACAACUGCUUGGACGUGGUUCGCAAUGGACUUUUCGCAGGGCGAAUUAGUGUCCGAAUCGUUUGCAGUACGAUUCAAAACUGAAGAUCAGGCAAACCUGUUUAAAACGAAGUUCGAAGAGUGUCAAGCAGCCUUAAGAAGGGGCACACCUGCGGCAAAACCAACAGUGGCUGAAUCAGAAAUAACUCCAGUCAGUGCUGCAGCUCCAGCCGCCACGGCAGCCCCGACAUCACAUUCAGAGGAGUCUGAGCCUGAGGAAGAAGAUGAAGGUAAAGAAGAAGAAGAAGAAGAAGAAGAAACGGUAGACGAAGAAGAAUAUGAAGAUCUUGAAGAGUCAAUUAUGUUUGAAAAGCGCUGCACUCUCUCGUCUUUGGAGGGUGGACAAGCCGAUAAAAAGUGGGUACUUUUGGGCACUGGUAAUCUAAAAAUUGUGUACGACGACGAGAUGCUCUGCGCGCGUAUCGUUGUUGAAGAUGGCAACGAGACUCUGCUCUGUGAUAACGUCAUAGCUAUUGAGACUGAGCUGAAGGUUGAUGGGAAAGAAUGUGUUUGGUCAGCGAUAGAUUAUUCGUCAGAACAUUCUGUGCAUCGGACAUUCCGUGCACAAUUCAGUUCUACAGACGCUGCGCUCGAGUUCCAAUCGAUGUUUGUUGAAGGGAAGCAGUACGCCGAAAAAUCAGACGUGCAUGACGAACCGGACUUACAUGCCGUCGGAUACGACCAUAGCAACGACGACCACGGCGACUAUGUCGAAGGCAAGUUUUAACAACGGGAAGGAGGAAAUAGAAAUUUUUCAUCGUUAAUUACAUGUUCGAGAGAGCUUAAGCACCUAAGCUUCUUGCAGGUCAAUCCAUGCCAUCUGAAGGAGCCGUCACGUCUUUCAAGCCGAAGAUAAAUGUUCGUGCUUGUGAUCCCAAAUUAGCCCAGGCUCUAUCAGAUAUUUUAAAUGACUUGAAUUGAUGCUUCCUUACCUUGUUUUUGGUAGGGCCGGGGUGGAUUUCCCCUCCUGAUAUGGCGUAUCUUUCAGUUGCCAAUGAUUGAACUUCUCUCUUUUUUUUCACCCUCGAUUAUGUACUUUUGCGGGCCUUUCCACAGUGUGAUUUAUUCGUAAUAAAAAACUGCGAUGACCUGAAAAAA